AAUAGCAGAUUAACAACAACAAAAAGUCAAAGGUUUUUUUGUAAUAUCUUCGGGUUGCCUAUAAAGUUUUAAAAAGCUCUUUAUUAGCAUUUAAAUUGCAAAAAAAUAAAAUUUACUUUAACUUUAUUGAGUACACUAUAUUUUACUUCAACAUACUAUUUAAUAUUACAAUUAUAUGAUGCUUUGGUAAUCAAUUUCAAAAAUGGUAAUUUGGAGAAGUACUGGAUCAGUUAAAUACGGUGUUGCCAUCUCUAAAUUUGAUGUUCAUGGAGCAUACUUUCUACAAAUUGGUUUAGGAGAGGCAGUAUUAAUUGAGGAAGUGACAGAUGACUGUGAAUGGUAUCGUGGUUGUUUGUUUUUAAAUCAAAACUACAAAGGGAUAUUUCCAGUAUCAUAUAUACAUAUAAAAGACUGGAGUAUUAACUGUGAGAGGAUACAUGAAGUUGAUAUGAGGGCAUCAAAAGAAAUUUCAGUUGUACUUGAAAUAACAUCUGUUUUAAAGGAAUGGGGAACCAUAUGGAAAACAAUUUUUGUGAAAAAUUCUGAAAAGAUAGACAGUUUGCGCAAACACUUGUUUGAUCUUAUUAGUUGGAGAAGGCAGGUUGUCUCAGGAGCUUUAACAGCAGAUCAAUUAAAAAAAGUAAAGCUGGAGGUUGCAAGAAUUAUUGAUUAUGGAAACAGAUUUUUGGGUUUGGAUUUAGUUAUAAGAGACAGUUCUGGAACAGUUUUGGAUGUGGCAUCCACUGGUGUUAUUGAUAUAUAUAAAAGAAAUUUAGAAUCUUCUCAAAGAACAGAAACACCUAUGGAUAUUCAAACAACUAUGCAAAGUCAUUAUUCUGUUCAAUCUACACAUAGUAUAUAUAAUAUUUAUAUAUGCAUAAAAAAUGUGGUCUGUAAAGUAGGUGAUGACACAGAAGUUUUGAUAACUUUGUAUGAUGGGAGGGAAAACAAUUUUAUUAGUGAACACUUCUUAAUUUACUGGGAUAAAAAAGGCAUGCCAAAAGACAUUACAAAAUUUUCUAACUUAUCAUGUGUCUUUACAGAUCUUGGACUAAAAGAUCUUGAACGAGAUAAACUUUAUAUUGUUUGUCAAAUCAUCAGAGAAGGAAGAAUGGAUAUUAAAGAUAAUGAUAGUCUAAAAUUUACUCAAAAACUAAGACGACCAUUUGCUGUUGCAGUUCUUCAUGUAAGUGAUAUUGUUCAAGGAAAAGCAUUACAAGAUUCAGAUAAGGAAUAUUGUCUUCAACUAAACUCAAUUCCAAGUAAUGAAGAUAUUGACUCUACUAUUAAGAAAUGCAUUCAGAAAUCAACUAAUAACAAUCAAGGAACAGGACAAGGUAUUUGGUUAACAUUACAACUUAUCCAAGGAGAUUUGCAACAAAUAAAAGAAGAGCACCCUUUGCUAAUAAGCCAAUAUACAGCAGUUGCCAGAAAGCAAGGGUUUCCAGAUGUCAUCAUGCCAGGAGAUGUUCGUAAUGAUAUGUACAUUACAUUGCUUUCUGGUAAUUUUGAGAAAGGUGGGAAAAGUUCAAACAAAAACAUUCAAGUUAUUUUAACUGUUUAUGAUUCUGAAGGACAGCUAAUGGAGAAUGUCAUUGUUCCUGGUGCUGGUGAACCACCACGAACUGAGUAUAAUUCAACUGUUUAUUAUCAUAAUGCCACUCCAAAGUGGUCAGAAGUUGUAAAGUUAGAAAUUCCAAUUGAGAAAAUAAAGUAUGGUAGCCAUAUUAGAUUUUCUUUCAAACACAGAGCAACUAUUGAUGAGAAAGACAGAUCUCAAAAAGCAUUUUCAUUGUCUUAUGUGAAUCUUAUUGGAGAAAAUGAAACUUGUUUACAAGAUGCUGUUCAUGAACUCGCUGUUUAUAAAUGUGACUCUAAAAAGUUAGAUAACUGCUUAUCAUAUCUAAAAUUGCCAUCAUUAAAAUCUGAUGCUGUAAAUCAACAAAAGAAAUUAGGGAAUUCAUCCUUAUCCUAUAGCAAGACUGAAGUUCUAAAAAUUGGUUUUCAGUUAUGCUCAACAAAAUUAGCACAAAAUGUUGAUCUACUUGGCUUAUUAAAAUGGAGAAGACAGAAAGAAAAACUUCAUCAAAUUUUACCUGCUCUUGUUAAUGUUAGUGGUCAGGAAAUAGUUAAGUUUUUGCAAGAUACAUUUGAUGCCUUGUUUGCUAUUUUAAUGGACGAUCCUGCUCAGUAUGGUGAGAAAGUUGUUGAGGCUGUGGUUUUUUGCAUUGGACUACUUGCCGACAAGAAAUAUCAUAACUUUCGUUCUAUUCUUGAUGCAUAUAUUGAAAAUCUGUUCAGUUCAACAAAAGCAUAUAUCACAUUGAUUGAAAUGCUUCAAAAAAAUAUUGAAAUUGCACAUUCUCAAGAACUUAGUGCUGAUAUGAGGGAGCAUAUUAUAAAAUAUUUCAAGGCUCUAGAGUAUUUGGUGAAGUUUAUUGUUCGUUCGCGUUCUCUGUCAGAACGUGCUGCUCCUGGAAAAGCUCGUCCAGAAUUUGAAACAUCGAUUAUGAAUUUGCUUUCUUCUGUUAUUACUAUGAUGAAAAUGACAAAUAACCAAGUUUUACCUUUGCAGGGUUGCGCUUUAAAGUAUAUGCCAUCUGUGUUUGGAGAUUUACUAGAGUUGUAUAAUGCAGCAGAAUUAGGAUUGUUUGCUUGUGAUUUGAUUGAACGUAUACCUCCUACAAGACUUCCAACUCAAAAGUUAACAUGCAUCCAUCAUCUAGUCAAAUGUCCUUUAUUUUCAAAUCCAAUUAGUCGACAAGUAGUUCUAAAAAUGAUUGUUGGUCAGUUAAAGGCUAGUAUUGAAAAGUUUGAAGAACUUAAAGUGUGUGCUGAUAUCCUGAAUGAAAUGCUUUCAAGCUUCUAUCGUAUAACUGAAGUUGGUGACACAGAUUAUGACAUAUCUUAUAUCAGUACGAAUUUAUUUCACUGCAUCAUUCGAAGUGUCAUUCGAAUGAAUCCUGCUAGUCAACUGCUGGGAAAUUAUGUUACAUUUGUUAUAUGUAUUUUGGAUUUGAUGAAAGAUAACCACUAUGAACAGUAUUUAGCUUCAUAUGAUAGUGAUCUUGACCUUCUUGAUGGGUUGAUGGAACUGUUUCUAGUUAUUCGUGAAUUUAUAAAAGGGAAUGUAUUUCCUCCAGACUGGACAUCAAUGAUUAUGAUUCAAAAUACGGUCAUAUUGAGAGCAUUAAAUUAUUUCUCUGAAGCAUUAUAUGAUAAAUUUCUAGUUAAAGACAGCUUUCAAUUUCAGCUCUGGGACAAUUUUUUCCAACUCUCUGUAUCUUUUAUUACUCAAGAUGCACUGCAACUUGAAAGUUUUACUGAAACAAAACGAAACAAAAUUUUAGCCAAUUAUGAUGACAUGCGUAUGAAUAUUGGUUUAAAAAUUAUUGACAUGUGGCAGUGGCUAGGCAUAAACAAGAUACGUCUCAUUCAAAAUAUGGUUAGACCAUUCUUGGAGAUGACUUUAAUUCCAGAAACAGAUUUAAGAAGAGCUACUAUUCCAAUUUUUUUUGAUAUGAUUGAGUGUGAGUUUAGAACAAGACAACAUUUUAAGCAGGUUGAGUCUGAGGUAAUUAUUCAUCUUGAUCACUUAGUAGAAACUGGUUCAAAGGGUGAUGAAGAAUAUAAAGAACUAUUUAGUGAAAUUUUGACUGAAAAAUUUCUUCAACAAAAACAACAAAACCCUCGUCUAUAUGAAUUAGGAGUUAUUUUUGUACAAACAAUAAAAAAACUGUUGUCAAGACUGCUAGACUAUUGUUCUGUCAUACGUUCUGAAGAUAACAUAAACAAUCGUAUGAGCUGUACAGUCAAUAUUCUGAACUUCUAUCAAGAGAUUAGGCGUGAAGAAAUGAAAGAGAGAUAUUUAUAUAAACUUUGUGAUCUUCACAUAAGUGUUGGAAGUUAUACAGAAGCUGCAUUCACAUUAUUGCAACAUGCAGAACUAUUAAAGUGGUCUGAUGAGCCUCUUACAAAUAACAGUAUCACUUCAAGUCGCUAUCAAGCCAAAACACACAGAGAAUUAAAAGAGAAAUUAUACAAAGAAAUCAUAGAUUUUUUUGAUAAGGGCAAAAUGUGGGAGUAUGGUAUUAAUAAAUGUAAAGAGCUUGCAAACCAAUAUGAAUGUGAAACUUAUGAUUAUAUUCAGCUUAGUGAGAUAUUGAAAAAGGAAGCUGUUUUCUUUGAAAAUAUUAUAAAGACAGUUGUUCGACCUGAACCUACAUACUUUAGAGUUGGUUAUUAUGGCAGAGGAUUUCCAACGUUUCUUAGAAACAAAGUAUUUGUUUACAGAGGUAAUGAGUUUGAAAGUCUAAGUGAUUUCUCUAUGAGAUUGAAAGUUCAGUUUCCAGGAGGCCAGUUUCUUAAAACUUUAGAAGCACCAGGUCCUGAAAUCACUGAAUCGAUUGGUCAAUCAAUUCAAGUAUGUAAAGUGGACCCAAAACCUGUUGAACGAAGAAAGUUUCAGGGAAAACCAAUUGUUGACCAAAUUAAAAAAUUUUAUGAAGUAAAUGAUGUCAGUGCUUUUGCAUUAAAUCGACCAUUUCAUAAAGGUGUUAAGGACAAAGACAAUGAAUUUGCAACACUUUGGAUUGAAAGAACAACAAUGAAUACAGAAUAUAGUUUUCCUGGAAAGCUUCGUUGGUUUGAAGUUACUAGUUCAAACACUGUGGAACUUUCUCCAAUGGAAAAUGCUGUUGAUACUUUACAUUCAAAGAAUAAAGAACUUUUGACUGUAAUAAACCAAUAUGAAGCUGACCGCACAAUAAAUCUCUCUCCACUAAGUAUGUUGCUAAAUGGUGUAAUAGAUGCUGCUGUUAUGGGAGGAAUAUCUAACUAUGAAAAGCUGUUUUUCACAAAAUCAUAUAUAGCAGAACAUCCAGAGCAUCUUGAUAUGAUAGCAAUGUUAAAAGAAGCUAUUGUUGAACAGGUUGAAAUUUGUGAAAAAGGUUUAAAAAUUCACAAAGAGCUUGUUACAAAAGAACUAGAACCAUUCCAUAAGCAAAUGGAGUCUGUGUUCAAAGAUAAUAAAGCCAAAGUAGCUCCUUAUAAAAAGAUUCAUAUUAAUACACCUUCUAGACUGCGAGUAUCUUCUGAAAUGCCAAAUGAAAAAAAAAAUGUUUUGCCUCCAUCUUUUCCUCAUAAACGAUCUACAACAAUUGAGCAGCGCAAUCCUAUAUAUCCAGAAAAACAUCGCCCUACUGAUUAUAAUGGAUCCUUGAAUUGGGAAAAAAAUGAAAAUAGAAGGGAAUCAAUUCCCCAGGUAUUUGCUUCUCUCCCUCCAAAAUCAUUGCCUGUGUCACCUCUUGCUGUACCUUUAUCAGAUGAAGAUCUACCACCUGCGUUACCUAAAAAACCUCAAAUUUCUUUUCCUAAUUUAUCUGAUACACCACCGCCUCCUCCAAAACCUGUUCGUUAUAUGCAUCCUGACUUAGCAAUACACACCCCUGAGUCAGUGCAAGAAGAUGAUGAGGGUGAAAAUGAAGAGGAAAUUCCAGUCCUUCCAGCUAAGAAGUCAAACACAUCUCAAUAUGUUAAUGUACAGCAAGUUGAGAAGCAAAUUGAAAACCCAGAAGAAUUAUUGAUUGCUGAUAGAAGCCAGUAACUUUUUCGCUUUAACAACCCUGAACCUUUAAAACAGAAAUCUCGCCUCCACCUGUUCCGCCUCGAGCUAAAUUGCCAGACGUUUCAUAACAAUUAGGAAGUUUUUAUAUAUUUAUUUAGUCGUCUAUAGUUAACAUUUAACAUUUGUAAAUAAAUUAGAUGACGUAGGAUUUAAUUAUUUUGUGGUGACUCUAAGACUGAUUCUUGUCUGAGAAUUUUUGUAAUGUUGACUCUUUUCUUGUACUAUAUUUUUUACUUUUUUCUUGUACUAUAUUUGGUACUUUUGAUUUAUUUUUAUAAUUUUUCUAUAUAUAUAAUGGAAUUAAAUAGAUUUUUUACAACGUUUAAUAAAAUAAA